GAUCUUGUUGGGGAAACGCGGAAACUUAGUUUGCGCUGGGCGCAACUAUGGCUGCUUCUUGCGUCGGCACUGCGGUCCCUGUGUGGCUGAGAGAGGAGGACCUGAGCUGCAUCAUCUGCCAGGAGCUGCUGGACGGUGCCACCACGCUGCCCUGCGGCCACAGCUUCUGCCUGCAGUGCCUCAGUGACCUGUGGCUCGCCCAGCACGCUGGCGUGGGCGGCCGCCCCUGGGCCUGCCCCCUCUGCCGAGAGGGGCUUCCGGACAGGCCCAAGUUGCACAGGAACACGCUGCUGCAAGAUCUGGUGGACAAGUACCGCCAAGCGGCGCAGGAGCUCCAGGCUGGCCCCGAACCCGCCUCCGCGCCUGAGUCUCCUCCUCACCCUGCGCCGCCUCAGGUGGCAGUACAGAAAAGAAUCACAGAAGUCACCCAGGAGCUGACUGGGCUGAUGGGACAGCUUGUAGCCAUUGUGAAGAGCCUGCAAACAGAAACAACUAGCCUGAGAUCUGGACUGGAUUUGGGUUCUUUAGAGCUGGAAUAUUCCUUGAGUUCUACAGAGCUCCUGACUCCCAGUGCCUCCCAGAGGAAAAUUCGAGAGGUUCUCUGUAACCUAGAAGAAAUUCAGGACAAACUGCAAGGGAUUGACGAAUGGAAAGAAGCUCCUGGAGAACAAACUCAGGAAAUGCCAUCUUCCUUAUGUCUGCUGACUGACCAGAGGUGUCCUGUACCAAUGAAAGCUUCCCAGUUUGCCCUAUGGGCUAUAGAUCUAACCUUUGACCUGAGGAGCAUCUCCUGGAACCUGGAGGUUUCAAACAAUUGCCAUGUGGUGACGGUGUCUAGAUGUCCACAGCCCUAUCUCUGCAGUCCCGAGAGAUUUUUAAUUAGCCAGGUAUGUUCCCAGGCCCUCUCUUCUGGGCAGAAGUACUGGGAAGUGGACGUUAGGAACUGCAACCACUGGACUGUUGGGGCGGCUUCCUGGGAGAACCAGAUGCUGGGACGGAACUUGGAUUCUUGGUGUAUAGAGUGGAAAGGGCCUGGCCAGUUCUCCGCUUGGGCCAUGGUGAAGAAAACCGACCUUCACUUGGGCCGCCCUGAGGGUGGCCUGUGGCUGGACGUUGAGCUGGGGAAGCUUGCCUUAUGCUCAGUGGCUGACCAGGAGAGGCUUCUGUGUGAGCGUGCGGUCUCUGCCUCCUCCCCUCCGCAUCCUGCCUUCUGGCUGCAUGGCUUAAGUCCUGGCAACUACCUGGAAAUAAAGCAGGUAGACUCAUGA